AUGCUGGAAACACCAUUUGUCAUAAAAGAUGCACCGACAUCGCAAGAUACCAAGAAACUUGUCCCAAUGUCACUGAGUCUAGUCGUCAAAAAGGAGAAGAUUUUGCAGAUGAAGGCAGCCAAGCUAGAUAAACUAUUAUCUCAGCGCAAAAAUAUACUCGACGAUUUGCAAAAAUGUCAUGAAAACUUGCUUAUGAAAAACGGCCAACUGCAAGAGAGAAGUCACUUGCGGCGAGAUAAGCUGGCGUCGUUGCGGGCGUUCCUAGAAGAGCACUGUAGAGAUGACAGACCGGCUCUCUGUGAUGCUAUCGGAGCCAAUGAACUUACAGCUAUUGCUGAAAAAUGCUAUUUGAUGAAAGAUGUCUUGUUCGGGUUGGCAGACAAGCGAGCUGGGCUAGAGCAGCAAUGUAUGGAGUUUGAAGAGCACAUGACGCGAGAAAAGGGAUAUGUGGAAGCAAGAGCGGAACGUCUAUGCGAAGCUCGAAGCACGCUUGGCCUUUUGCUUGAAGACAUGAAGUCGACUCAGUGGAAUAUCGCGAGUGACCAAGUCAAGCUUGACAACGAAGAACACUACCUUAAUGCGAUCAGAGAGAAGAUGCGUUGUCAAAAUGUGAUAGUAGAAGAGUACGAUUUCACUUUCAAAGCCAAAAAAGCUGAAUUUGGGGAUGCAUGGCAUAAUUACGAGUGCAUGGUCCAAGAAGAGUACCGUCAUCUUAUGAUUGCAAACGAAGAUGCGAGAAGUAUACAGCAAGAGUUUCAAAAGCUGCUUGAAGAAAACGGAGCAACAUGCCUGGUCGAUAAAGAAGAAUUCCAAUUAGCAAAUGAUCUGCGAAUUCGCCAGCAUGAACUCAGCGAAAAGCUAGCAAAUGUUAAGAUGUCUAAGCGGGAGCUGGGACUGCGACAAAAGCAAGAAAAGCGUAUGCUUGCAAUAACACAAUCAAGCAUGAAGGCAAAAAUUGAUCAGCUGACUUGGCUGAACCGUCAGUGCGUCCAAUUUACACUCGAGAAAAAUGAAGCAACCAGGGUGUAUAGUGCUCACGAAGCUGCGUAUAGUAGCUUCAGAGAGAAUCACAAUGUGGCGAUGACUACAUUGGAUUUACAGAUUAAAGAUGCUGAGAAGCACAUCAAAACUACUGAGCGUGCUAUCGUCACUCGUAAUAAGAAAGUGUCAGCUUUAAAUAAAAAGGUUUUACAGAGAACCAGGAUUUUACAGGAAUGGCAAGCAAAGAUGAAUGAAAAGCAAGAUGCUGUACUAAAGUUGGCACCUAUCCAAGAGCUUUUGAAUGCUGAAAAUCUAAGCUUGCAAGAAGCGCUAGAGUGUGCGCAGCGUCGUGAAGAGGAACUUCAACAACUUAACACUUCACAAGAAGUGGAGUCUCUGAAGCUGCGUGAAUCUUGUGCGGCGUUAGAGGCUGAAAUUCAGCAAAUGCACACAACCAUGUCAAUGCUGAACGAUAGAAUUCAUUGUAUUCAAACUGUCGUGAAAAACCGCAUUGAUGACAUCCGCGAGAAAUUUUUACAUGGGUUUGUCGCCGACGAUGCCAAAAAUCUGAGGCAGUUGCUGGACAAAGAGAUUAUCAGUUGGGUAAAAAAGGCUACAGACGAGGUAAAUGCAGCAGUUGCAUGCGAGGUACCCAAGCUAAAAGAGAAAUACAAAAUUUUGGCGGCCGAAACCCGCAAGAAAUUUGGCAAAAUGACAAAGCAAAAGGAAAAAGACUACAAGGCCAAGAUAGAUAAAUUGAAGACAUUGGGGGAGAGGAAUACGAUCACUUCAAUUGGUACACAAGGCAAGAUAGCGAAUCAAGCCCACCAAGACAAUUAUACAACCGACCAUGAUGAAAAAAAUGAGACGAGGAAAUUAUUCGAGUCUGAUGAUAAAUCUAAUGAGGCCAAAAUGUGCCGGCUCGUUAGAAAUGAAACCGGUGUUUGCAAACAAUCCUCAUCAGCCGAACAACCUUCGUCUCAGUCACAUUCAACACAACGAAAAGCAAAGGAAGAGUCAGAACAAGCUCCAAAAUCUGCUCGACGUCAGCUCGCACUUGGUUUGACUUUGGUUGAUGAGUCACACGGGAAGACCAAGGAGAGAAAAGAUGUCUUCAGCGCUGAAACGGCAGCAGCCAGUUUGUGUCAAAGGGACGAUCCUGGAGUAACUACAUAUGAGAAGCAGCGGAGUAGAUGCAAUGUUGCCCGUCAUUCACGACUGAAAAGGCGCUCACAAGCGCAAAAAACAGGAAAGACAGCCGCUAUGAUAAUUCCUCCCGAGCUGCCUGUUGUAAUUGAGAAAAGUUGCGAUGUAACACGCCUUCACCAGGAUGUCAUCGAAAUGGAAGCGCUCUACCAUCGUGAGUCUCCAGUCGGCUGUGACGACAACUUUGCGGUAUCGACCCCGGCAAAAUUCACGGAUACUGUGAAGACAACAUCUACGAUCGCAAGUCAAGGUGCCGCCAAGAAGCAACCCAAGCAAAAGGUAAGAAAAGGAACCAGUAAGCGUCGCACAUCGACGAAAGCUUCGCACCGAUCUCGUCAAGCCAAGUGGGGUCAUUGCAAUCUCGGGCACUCACAACUUGGUGUUCGCUCCGUGGACUGGUCUGCUGCCGACACAUUCUCCUUCGACUGA